AUGGAACUCGAAAGUAGACAACAAUAUAUGACAAACAAACAAAACGAGUUAAAAGUAAAACUAGAACAAUAUAAUAAAUGUAAGAAAAGAUGGAUUAGAGUUGAUUCUGUUUUCAAAACACUGAGUGUAGUUCUAACAGUAGGAACAACAGUUGCAACGGCCGUAACUGGUGGAUUAAGUGUUCCAGUACUUGUCCCAACUGUAUUAGCCACAAUUACUGCUAUUCAAACUUCAUCUUGUGGGUUGAUUGCUAUAGGUUAUACAUCAAAACAAAAAUCUCAUUAUAAAAAGAAAACAGAAAUUUUAAAUUCAUAUCUUAAAAAAUUAUUUAUUUUUUUCGAAAGAUCAAGAGAAGAUAAGAACAUAACCAUUGAAGAAUUCAAUGAAAUUCUAGAAAAAUAUGAGAUGGAAAUAUCAGCAAUAAAAAUUUAUACUCAUAACAAUAGAAAUUUGCGCCCCACAAUUGUAAAAGAGGAAUUAGAUUUCUGUCUUAUAAGAAGAAAUAAAAAAGUUUGGGUAUUAAAGAAGAUAAUUAUGAACAAGUAUGGAAAACGUGUAGAGACGAUAACGCAGUAA